GGAGCUGGAGGGGGCGCGGCUUGCUCCCCGUCGCGCCCGGGCGCGGUGCCUGCUUCUCCGCCCGGCGCAGGGCUGGCGGCCGGCGGGGGUCGCGGUGGCGGCGGCCGCGGGGGCGCUGGCGGGCCGCGGGCGGCGGGGGCCUGGCCCCGGCUCCGGGUGUUAGGAGACAAGAUGGCGGCGGCGCUCUGGAGGCCGGUCUCCUACUCUUCGCUCCCCUCCGCCCCGCCGCUCGCCGCCUCCUCCUCCCCGGUCUCCUCCUCCUCGUCCGCUGCCUCCUCCUCCUCCUGCAGCAGCACUAGCGACCGCCGAAGCGCCGGCUCGCUCUCCCGGAGCUCCGGAGGAGGAUAGACCGGGCAGCCGCAGGCUCCGGCGACCAAGGCCGAGCUGGGGCCGGGGCGGGGACGGCGGCGGCGGCGGCGGCGCCGGGUGGGGAUGGGGUCGCAGACGCUGCAAAUCCUCCGACAGGGGGUGUGGGCCGCGCUCAGCGGGGGCUGGUACUACGACCCGCACCAGGCCACCUUCGUGAACGCGCUGCACCUCUACCUGUGGCUGUUUCUGCUGGGCCUGCCCUUCACCCUCUACAUGGCCCUUCCUUCUUCCAUGAUUAUAGUAGCAGUUUAUUGUCCUGUGAUAGCUGCUGUUUUCAUUGUUCUGAAGAUGGUCAACUAUCGACUACACAGAGCCCUUGAUGCAGGAGAAGUUGUAGAUAGGAGUGCAAAUGAGUUCACAGAUCAGCGAGCCAAAGCUGAACAAGGCAACUGUUCAACCAGGAGAAAAGACAGCAAUGGACCAAGUGAUCCUGGUGGAGGGAUUGAAAUGUCUGAGUUCAUUCGAGAGGCCACACCUCCAGUUGGUUGCAGUUCAAGAAAUUCUUAUGCGGGUUUAGAUCCAAGCAACCAGAUUGGAUCUGGUUCCUCUCGUCUUGGAACAGCAGCAACUAUUAAAGGAGAUACAGACACUGCUAAGACUUCUGAUGAUAUCAGUUUAAGUCUGGGCCAGAGCUCUAGUCUUUGUAAGGAAGGAAGUGAAGAACAAGAUUUGGCAACUGAUCGGAAGCUCUUUCGUCUGGUCUCCAAUGACUCCUUCAUCUCCAUUCAGCCUUCCUUAUCCUCUUGUGGACAGGACUUACCAAGGGACUUCAGUGACAAAGUGAGCCUGCCAAGUCAUAGCCACCACCACCACGUUGAUCAGUCUCUGUCCAGCGCCUGUGACACAGAAGUAGCUUCUCUUGUACCUUUACAUUCACACUCUUAUAGGAAAGAUCACCGACCACGAGGUGUACCACGGACUUCUAGCUCUGCUGUGGCUUUUCCUGACACUUCACUGAAUGAUUUCCCUCUUUAUCAGCAAAGACGUGGGUUAGAUCCGGUUAGUGAGUUAGAAUCUUCCAAACCUCAUUCUGGAUCCAAAGAAUCCUUGGUGGAAAAUUCUGGUUUAUCUGGGGAAUUUCGGCUUGCUGGUGACUUGAGAAAGAGUAAUUCUCAGCCACCCACAAAAAGUGGGAAGAGCAAACCUCUGAAAGCAGACAAAAGCGUGGACAGCUUGAGGAGCCUGAGUACACGGAGUAGUGGUUCAACAGAGAGCUACUGCAGUGGGACAGACCGGGACACGAACAGUACUGUCAGCAGCUAUAAAAGUGAGCAGACCAGCUCAACUCACAUAGAGAGCAUCUUGUCAGAGCACGAGGAGUCUCCUAAAGUAGGAACGAAGAGUGGCAGGAAAAAAGAGUGCUGUGCUGACCCAGAAGAGAAGAGUAGUUGUCCCAGUGACAAAAGGACUAGUAGUGAAAAGACUGCCAUGGAAGUCAGUGCAAACAGUGAGGCUCCUGAGGCCAAGAACUCCAACACCCCCGAAGAGAUGCACAGCCAGCGGAAGCUCAGCACCUCUGCCUCUGAAGAAGCCAAUACAAAUCCCCAUGCAAACGAGGUUACUUCCCAGGGGGACAGACCACCUGCAAACACAGUGGAAAACAAAGAGGAGCAGAGUGAUAAGUCAGCUGUUUCAGUGGAUUCAAAAGUGUGUAAAGAUGUUGGCGGAAAGCAAAAGGAAGGGGAUGUCCGACCUAAAUCCUCUAGUGUAAUCCACCGGACAGCCUCUGCCCACAAGCCAGGCAGGAGACGGACAGGAAAAAAACGGGCCAGCAGUUUUGAUUCUAGUCGGCAUAGGGACUAUGUUUCCUUUCGAGGCGUUUCUGGUACCAAACCACAUAGUGCUAUAUUUUGUCGUGACGAGGACUCCAGUGAUCAAAGUGACUUGAGUAGAGCAUCAAGUGUUCAGUCUGCUCACCACUUCAGCAGUGACAGCUCUUCUAGCACCACUUCUCAUUCCUGUCAGUCUCCUGAGGGCAGGUACAGUGCUCUCAAGAGCAAACAUACUCAUAAAGAAAGGGGAACUGACUCUGAACACACACACAAAGCUCAUUUGGGUCCUGAAGGAACUGGCAAAAAGCGAGCAACACGUCGGACUUCCAGCACAAAUAGUGCCAAGACUCGUGCCCGAGUGUUGAGCUUGGACAGUGGCACGGUAGCGUGUUUGAAUGAUACAAACAGGCUAAUGGCACCUGAAAGUAUAAAACCCUUAACCACUUCUAAAUCAGAUCUUGAGGCCAAAGAGGGAGAGGUGCUAGAUGAGCUAUCUUUAUUGGGACGGGCUUCCCAGUUAGAGACAGUCACUCGAUCUAGGAAUAGCUUGCCAAGCCAGGUUGCAUUUCCUGAAGGGGAGGAGCAAGAUGCAGUCAGUGGAGCAGCACAGGCCAGCGAGGAGGCGGUGUCAUUUCGCCGUGAACGCAGCACAUUUAGGCGCCAGGCAGUACGGCGCCGGCACAAUGCAGGGAGUAACCCUACCCCUCCUACAUUGCUCAUCGGAUCACCCCUAAGCCUUCAAGAUGGUCAGCAAGGCUCGCAGUCCACAGCCCAGGUCAAAGUCCAGUCCCGCCCCCCUUCCCAGGCUGCAGUGCUCAGUGCUAGUGCCUCCUUGCUGGUGAGAAAUGGGAGUGUCCACUUAGAAGCAUCACAUGACAAUGCAUCUGCUGUAGGCGGUAGCAGUUUGCACGAUGAACUUGGUAAGUUCUCUUCUACCAUCUAUGAGACUGGUGGCUGUGAUAUGUCACUUGUGAACUUUGAACCAGCAGCAAGAAGAGCAUCUAAUAUUUGUGACACGGAUUCUCAUGUAUCCAGUUCUACCUCAGUUCGAUUUUAUCCACAUGAUGUGCUCUCUCUCCCACAGAUUCGAUUGAAUAGACUAUUGACCAUUGAUACAGAUUUAUUGGAGCAGCAGGACAUUGAUCUAAGCCCUGACUUGGCAGCUACUUAUGGUCCAACAGAGGAAGCUGCCCAAAAGGUUAAACACUAUUAUCGCUUUUGGAUCCUACCCCAACUAUGGAUCGGCAUUAACUUUGACAGACUCACACUUUUGGCCUUGUUUGAUAGAAAUCGUGAGAUCCUGGAAAAUGUGUUAGCUGUCAUCCUGGCUAUUCUUGUGGCUUUUUUGGGAUCUAUUCUUCUCAUACAAGGCUUCUUCAGAGAUAUUUGGGUCUUCCAGUUCUGCCUGGUCAUAGCCAGCUGUCAAUACUCACUACUUAAGAGUGUUCAACCAGAUUCUUCUUCUCCCAGACAUGGUCAUAAUCGUAUCAUUGCCUACAGUAGACCAGUUUAUUUCUGCUUAUGUUGCGGUCUUAUUUGGCUCUUGGAUUAUGGUAGCAGAAACCUGACUGCAAACAAGUUCAAAUUAUAUGGAAUAACUUUCACCAAUCCACUGGUGUUUAUAUCAGCCAGGGAUUUAGUUAUAGUGUUUACACUCUGUUUCCCAAUAGUAUUUUUCAUUGGUCUCCUGCCUCAGGUGAAUACAUUUGUAAUGUACCUUUGUGAACAAUUGGAUAUUCAUAUCUUUGGUGGUAAUGCCACUACAAGCCUACUUGCAGCACUUUACAGUUUUAUCUGCAGCAUCGUGGCAGUAGCCUUAUUAUAUGGAUUGUGUUAUGGAGCUUUAAAGGAUUCUUGGGAUGGCCAGCAUAUUCCAGUACUUUUCUCCAUUUUUUGUGGUUUGUUAGUGGCAGUAUCCUAUCAUCUCAGUCGACAAAGCAGUGAUCCAUCUGUACUUUUUUCUUUGGUGCAAUCCAAGAUUUUUCCAAAAACAGAAGAGAAAAAUCCAGAAGACCCUCUGUCUGAAGUAAAAGAUCCACUGCCUGAAAAACUUAGAAAUUCUGUUGGUGAGCGUUUACAGUCUGACCUAGUAGUAUGCAUUGUAAUUGGUGUGCUAUAUUUUGCUAUUCAUGUAAGCACAGUCUUCACAGCAUUGCAGCCUGCUCUCAAGUAUGUGUUGUAUUCACUGGUUGGCUUUGUGGGGUUUGUAACUCAUUAUGUACUGCCUCAAGUUAGAAAACAACUACCGUGGCACUGUUUCUCUCAUCCUCUGCUAAAAACAGUGGAGUAUAACCAAUAUGAAGUUCGAAAUGCAGCCACUAUGAUGUGGUUUGAGAAACUUCAUGUGUGGCUUCUUUUUGUGGAAAAGAAUAUCAUCUAUCCAUUGAUUGUUCUUAAUGAACUUAGUAGCAGUGCAGAGAAAAUUGCUAGUCCAAAAAAAUUGGAUACAGAAUUAGGUGCUUUAAUGAUCACCAUUGCUGGUUUGAAGUUGCUACGAUCCUCAUUUAGCAGCCCUACAUAUCAAUAUGUCACAGUUAUCUUUACUGUGCUGUUUUUCAAAUUCGACUAUGAAGCCUUUUCAGAGACCAUGCUUUUGGAUCUAUUCUUCAUGUCCAUACUCUUCCACAAGCUUUGGGAACUCCUUUAUAAACUGCAGUUCGUGUAUACCUAUAUUGCCCCGUGGCAGAUUACAUGGGGUUCUGCCUUCCAUGCUUUCGCUCAGCCCUUUGCAGUGCCCCAUUCAGCCAUGUUGUUUAUUCAGGCUGUUGUGUCGGCCUUCUUCUCUACUCCACUGAACCCCUUUCUGGGGAGUGCAAUAUUCAUCACUUCAUAUGUUCGACCUGUGAAAUUCUGGGAGAGAGACUAUAAUACAAAACGAGUGGAUCAUUCAAAUACCAGAUUGGCUUCCCAGCUUGAUAGAAAUCCAGGAUCAGAUGACAACAAUCUGAAUUCCAUCUUUUAUGAACAUUUAACUAGAUCCCUGCAGCACAGUCUCUGUGGUGAUUUGCUGCUAGGACGGUGGGGAAACUACAGCACGGGGGACUGUUUCAUCCUUGCCUCUGACUAUCUGAACGCGUUAGUACACCUCAUAGAGAUAGGCAAUGGUCUGGUCACUUUCCAGCUGCGGGGACUUGAAUUCAGAGGUACCUACUGUCAACAACGGGAAGUAGAGGCCAUUACUGAAGGCGUAGAGGAAGAUGAAGGAUUUUGCUGUUGUGAACCCGGCCAUAUUCCUCACGUGCUUUCAUUCAAUGCUGCAUUUAGCCAGCGCUGGCUAGCUUGGGAAGUGAUAGUCACUAAGUAUAUUCUGGAGGGUUAUAGUAUCACUGACAAUAGUGCUGCUUCUAUGCUUCAAGUCUUUGAUCUUCGGAAAGUACUCACCACUUACUAUGUUAAGGGUAUCAUUUAUUAUGUUACAACCUCCUCUAAGUUAGAGGAGUGGCUAGCUAAUGAGACAAUGCAGGAAGGACUACGUCUGUGUGCAGAUCGUAAUUACGUCGACGUGGACCCAACAUUUAAUCCAAACAUUGACGAAGACUAUGACCACCGACUAGCAGGCAUAUCCAGGGAGAGUUUCUGUGUGAUUUACCUCAACUGGAUAGAGUAUUGCUCCUCCCGAAGAGCAAAGCCACUGGAUGUGGACAAAGAUUCAUCCCUGGUAACUCUUUGUUAUGGACUCUGUGUUCUGGGACGGAGAGCUUUGGGGACUGCAUCCCACCAUAUGUCCAGUAAUUUAGAGUCAUUCCUGUAUGGAUUGCAUGCCCUAUUUAAAGGAGAUUUCCGUAUUUCUUCAAUUCGAGAUGAAUGGAUCUUUGCUGACAUGGAAUUGCUAAGAAAAGUAGUCGUCCCUGGAAUCCGUAUGUCCAUUAAACUUCAUCAGGAUCAUUUCACUUCUCCAGAUGAGUAUGACGACCCUACUGUGCUCUAUGAAGCCAUUGUGUCUCAUGAAAAAAACCUCGUAAUAGCCCAUGAAGGGGACCCUGCAUGGCGGAGCGCAGUCCUUGCCAAUUCUCCCUCCUUGCUUGCUCUGAGGCAUGUCAUGGAUGAUGGCACCAAUGAAUAUAAGAUCAUCAUGCUCAACAGACGCUACUUGAGCUUCCGGGUCAUUAAAGUGAAUAAGGAAUGUGUCCGAGGUCUCUGGGCAGGGCAACAGCAGGAGCUUGUUUUUCUACGUAACCGUAACCCAGAGAGAGGUAGCAUCCAAAAUGCAAAGCAAGCCCUGAGAAACAUGAUAAACUCAUCUUGUGACCAACCUAUUGGCUACCCAAUCUUUGUCUCACCCCUGACAACUUCUUACUCUGACAGCCAUGAACAGCUUAAAGAUAUUCUUGGGGGGCCUAUCAGCUUGGGAAAUAUCAGAAACUUCAUAGUGUCAACCUGGCACAGGCUAAGGAAAGGUUGUGGAGCUGGAUGUAACAGUGGUGGCAAUAUUGAAGAUUCUGAUGCUGGAGGUGGAACUUCCUGCACUGGUAACAAUGCUACAACUGCCAAUGAUCCCCAUAGCAACGUGUCCCAGGGAAGCACUGGGAAUCCUGGGCAAGGAUCGGGAGCAGCACUCCAUCCACCUGUCACAUCUCAUCCCCCGACGCUAGGCACCAGCCACAGCUCCCACUCCGUACAGUCGAGCCUGGUCAGACAGUCCCCUGCCCGGGCCUCGGUAGCCAGCCAGUCUUCCUACUGCUACAGCAGCCGGCAUUCGUCUCUCCGCAUGUCCACCACAGGAUUUGUGCCUUGCCGGCGCUCUUCCACCAGUCAGAUUUCACUUCGAAACUUGCCGUCAUCCAUCCAGUCCCGCCUGUCCAUGGUGAACCAGAUGGAACCCUCCAGUCAGAGCGGCAUGGCCUGUGUGCAGCAUGGCCUCCCCUCUUCCAGCAGCUCCAGCCAAAGCAUCCCAGCCUGCAAACAUCACGCUCUCGUGGGCUUUCUUGGGACAGAGGGAGGUCAGAGCAGUGCCACUGAUGCACAGCCAGGCAACACCUCAAGUCCUGCCAAUAAUUCACACACCAAAAAGGGGGAAGUGAUUUACAGAGUCCAAAUUGUGGAUCCCAGUCAAAUUCUGGAAGGGAUCAACCUGUCAAAAAGGAAAGAACUACAGUGGCCUGAUGAGGGAAUUCGGUUAAAAGCUGGGAGAAAUAGCUGGAAAGACUGGAGUCCUCAGGAGGGCAUGGAAGGCCAUGUGAUUCACCGAUGGGUGCCUUGCAGCAGAGAUCCAGGUACUAGAUCCCACAUCGACAAGGCAGUGCUUCUGGUCCAAAUUGAUGACAAAUACGUGACUGUAAUUGAAACAGGGGUACUAGAACUUGGGGCUGAAGUGUGAGCCUUUGUUUUAUAACUGUAUUUCUUUUUCCCUCUCAAUUCCAAGACAUUGGAAAGAGAGGAGCAAGCAGAAGAUGCCUGCAGGUAUCGCUUUGGUCCUCUGUGGGAGAGACUUGAAAACAGUGAGCUUGGUUCAGCACUUCUUCUUUGCCAUUCAUCCUGACUCCUGUCGCUGUCUCCAUCCCCAAAUAAAGCUGGAUAUUUUUUUAAAUUAGCUGCCAAGAAAACAUUUUGCAUGAAGGAUAAAGUUCAGUUAAAAUACAUCCUUUAAAAAAAGUUUUUCCUAUGCAUUGCCUAUGCUUUAAAUCAACAAACUCUUCAUUUCUAAACUACAAGCUCAUAUUUUUCUAAUUUCUUUGCCAAAAAUAAUUGCCAUGUUUUGUCAUAGAACAUGAAAUCCAUUUACCUUGAUUUUUAAAAUCAGACCAGUGUAGAAACACAUUCAGUUUGACAUAUAGUAGUAUAAAAGUUUAAUGUACAGUGAAAGAGACUAUGAACAGACAUAGAUUUAUCUUAUUCCUUGAGCGCUAAAAACUUUAAUGAAAAAUCUGCACUAAUUUUUUACAACAAUGCACUAAAGUUUGAGAUUUCUUAGAACAUUUAUUUAUAUAUAAAAUAAAAUGCCAUUAUUUAAAUUGCCUUUGGAAUUAACCCCUUCCCUUUCCUUAUAAACAUAGGUAGCAGAAACUGUGCUGCUCACUUUUCUGUUAGUAGUCUGUACUUCAUGCCAGUACAUUGGAUGUUUUCUUUAAAAUGAAUCUGAAAUCUCAAGAUAAAAUAGCUUCGUUAUUGACAUUUCUCGGAGCCACCAGUCAGUGAUCGGUCACGUGAACACCACUGCCAGCUACUGUGUCCACAUUUCAGAUGAGCUCCACGUGUUCUGCUUCUCUCUACCUGGGGCGAGCUCUGCUGGGGUCACUUCUGGGAAGAAAAUACUUUGGCUUUUCAAAGAAGAAGAUGAACAUCCAGGAAUUUAAAGAAAGGAUCAAUUGCCUUUUAUUUAUUUUAAGAGUUCCUAGCUCUUGAAGUCAUUUACAUGCAGUUCAGUUAAUCAAGUAAAAUUUUUUUCAAACAAAAUGUUCCAAAUGGUGCAGUUCUUACUGUUGUAACCUUCUUUAAUAAUUUUUCCCCCUCUUCUUUUUCUAUUACUUGAAUUUUAUUUCCUGUAAUUUAUAGUGUGUAGCUGUAAUUUGAAAUAUUUAUAACUGUGAAAUUGACUUAAUUCUUAUGUUGUUGCAGAACUUAAAUUUUAUUGGUUUUUUAAAAAGCAUGUAUUCAGGGAAAUAUAUUACUCAGAUUUACAAUUGGGCUACAUGGGAACUGCAAUUUAGAUUUAAUUUGCAACUUAGCAUUUUUUAAAUCCAUAAGAAAAUUUUCCAUUUUGGUGUGGAACUCCAAAGAACAUUGUACAUCUUCUCUGAGCAUUUAGGAGCAGCCAUCUUUCUACCCCCUGUGAAUAGAAAGUAAAAAGAGGCAGGUAAAAUUAACUUUAAUAAUAUAUUCUAUUUAAUCCAAUAUAUCCAAAGUAUUACUAUUUCAAUAUGUGACACUAGCCAUAUUUCAAGUACUCAAUAGCUACAUGUGCCUAGAGGGUACUGUAUUGGACAGCACAGGUUUAAAGUAUCUUUUGAUGAGAUGACAGAAGAGAGAAGCUGUUUUUCCUAUUCUGAUAUAGAUCUCACAGUGUAGCAUAACAUUACAGUAGAAGGAAUGAGAACUGAGAAAGUAAAUAGCUACUGUACCGAAUGCAUUUCCACUUCAAAACCUGUUUAUUUUCUUUUUAUUUCUAAUUUUAAGUUUUUGUGGUCAUUCAGAACCUAACGUGCCUUGUGUUGACGUUUCUGUAGACUUCACACUUCGCAAAAUUUACUGUUUAAAAAUACUUGUCAAAUGAUUUACUGAACCUUUAUACAAAGGUACCCUUUCUAAAUUGACCAUUUAAAAAUGUACUUUCUGGUACUGUUAUUAUAUUUUGUAUUUGCCUCAUUUUGGCAAAUCUACAGUAUGCCAUUAAAGUUCAGUAUUGGUUUUGGGUUUUUUGAGUUUUUUUUCCUGAAACAGAAUAUAUGAUCUAUCUACGUACAUAUAUAUUUAAAAUCUUCUCAAAGGAACUAUACUCCAUGAUGCUGGUGGGUUGCUUGUUCCCUUUCUGAAGUGAAUAUUAUCCUUUCAUUGCCUAGGUAAGAGAUAAGUGCAACCUUUUCACUCUUAGAUGAAAGAUAAUUCAUUUUCUCGCACAGAAUCCAAAAAUUAAAAAAAAAAAAAAAAUCUUAAGAUGAUUUAAUCAGAAGAGGUGAAAUUUUUGUUGUUCCUAGCCCCUCCUCCAAAAAAUUGUUAAACACAUCACAUACUCUGAAAAAGUCAUAUUUCAAGUGUCAGAUUAGGUUUUAUAUGGAGCAUAUAUAUUGGGUUUUGAUUUGGGGUAGCAAUUGAUAGACAUUUUUCUCAAAACAAGUUAAAUUUUAUUAUAUAACUCUUUAGUGAAUUUAUAAAUUAGAAACCCUAAGAUCUAGAAGCCCUGUUAUUUUUAAAGUCUAAACUGAUAGUCUUUUAAAAAUUAUAAUACUUUUCUAAUAAUUGCAUCAGGGUAAAUGGUGAUAAUUGAAGAAAGAUUCAUGUCUUAAAAAUAAUUUGUUCUGAAUUAUUAUAUAAAAAGAAACACCUAAACAACUUAAGUGAUGAAAAUUAAUAAAAUUGAUCAUAAAUGUCUUAUUUCUCCCCACCCCGCAGAGAAUAGUGAGCUACUUGCUUCAAUUCUCUGCGUAGCCUUCUUCAGUAAUGUACAAGACUCCAGUAUACAUUAAUGUCUUCAGUUCAUAAUUGCCAAAAUUUUGGCUUCCAUAAUUUGAAAAUAAAAAGAUACAAUUAAAACAGUAGUUUUUAAUUCAUUUCCUUUAAAUAGAGUUGCAUGAUUGAAAUCUUUCUGCUUUUUUCUUGUUUGUUUGAUUUGAUUUUUCCCCCAUUUCAUGAAAAAGGUGAUCCUAGAAUGAGUUGUUAAUUGUUGCUUUUUUUCCUUUUAUUUGCUUUUAUUCAGUGGCAGAAAACAUUUUAUAAUUUCUAAUUAAGGUUUUGGUUCAUCUUCCAAUAUACACCUUGGUGUGAACUCUCUUUUUACACCAUUUUCAACACUGUAUAAAACUUUAAAUGUUGACUUUUGGCUAAAGAACUUUAAUUUUUCCAAGAAUCUAGGUUAAUAUAAGAUGUUCUAGGUUAAUAUAAGAUGUUGAUAUUUAAGGAACUUUGGAGAGUAGGUGGUGAGGCAGUAUGUACAUUUUUUAAGAUAAGCAGAUUAAUUACUUUUUAGGAAAUUAGCAAACAAAAUCAGCAUUCUGCCUUCUUUGGGUUUCCAUUACUAGAAGAUUAAAUUCCAUUAGAUUUGAAGUAUUUUGAAAAAUAUUUCAAGUAUAUCUGAAAUACUUCUAAUUUUUGAAACAGAAGUAGUCAGACAGUAUUCCUAUACUUAGACAUGGAAAAUUACUCUGUGUACUAAAUAUCAGACAAUGAAAAUACAAGUUUUAUGUAAGAAAGUAUAACUUAAGAUGUAUUUUUCUUUCUAGAUUAGUUUAUUUUUCUGUCUCAUAUCAAAGUAUAAGAAACAGCCUCACAUCUAAGCAAAGGUAACUUAGCCUUAAUGAGUCCCACUUUGCUUCUGAGCAGCACACUCCUGCCUCUGCUUAAGCAAGUCUCUGGUGGGUUGCUGUAUCAAGUCAGUAGUCCAAAACUGCAUCUUUUAAACUUAGGACUCACCCAGUUUCUAAUUUUUUCUUUCCUCUUUGCUAACUUUGAAGUGUUCUCCCUCCUUAAGUAAAUAUGUGACUUGAUAAAAAGGUAAUAUUAAUUUUGUGUGAGACUUCUUUGAACUUACGUUUACUAGCUACAAACUACAAACUGCUGUCCAGAUUGUUAACUUUAUAUUUAUUUUAAUUUUUCAUGAAUUUUCAUGGACAAAGCCCUUUCUGGUUUUUUGUUGUUGUUAAGUCUUCAGUAUUCAUCCUCAUUGUUUUUUGUAGUGUAAUGUAAUUUAUAUAAAGUUACUUUGUAUGGACAUAGAUCCAGUUAAUUUUUUCUUUUAAUAUGAUACAUUGUUCAAAGAAGAUACAAAAAAUACCCCUUUUAAUUCUAGAGGAUUUUCCUUUAAUUCUAAGAGCAAUGGAGAGAAUAAUGUCAGUCAAGGCUAAGAUGGUACAUGGAAACUGUUAAUGGACUUUGAACUUUCUGUUUCAGUGUUAUGUGUAGCAUACUAAGUAUUAUUGGUCUGGAGGAAGAAGAAAAUUAGAUACUAGGCAGCAUAAAUUUUAAUAUUGUGUUGAAUGUGUGUAGCUUUUUAAAACUAUUAAAAAACUAACCCUUCUUUUUCUUCAUUUCUCUUUUGUUAAAAAAAAUCUGGUUGAUAAAAAUCCAGGCCUUCUCAUUUUUAACCUGAUAAAUGUUUAGGUUAAGAAUUGUGAUUGAAAAGGAUUUUAUUAUUAUACAAAUAGGUCUGGUAGGAUAUGAGUGGAGUAUUAAUUUUGCUUGAAACAGAAGUAUAUUUUCUGCUUUGAAUCACCAGAGUCAUCUGUCAAGAGUUAUGUGAUAAGAAUUUUUUCUUUAUUGCCUAUAAGCUAUGUAUUCUUUCUAAAUUAGAGUAAAAAUAAUGUCUGUUUGUAAGCUGAAAUUUAUUAUCUGCCAUUUUGUGAAAUCAACAUAACAUUCUUUGGGAGAACUAGAGCUGAUUGUCACUUCAAGGUUAUAUGACAACUUUGUUCUAAGACUUAUACCUAUUAUAUAGGGUUAUACCUUUUUUCUUAUGCCUCAGCUCGUUACCUGACAAUUUGUGAUUCAAAGGAGCCAAGCUGGAAGGAACAAAGGUCAUCUACCACUGAUGGGGAUGAAUUUUGGGGUGUUACCUCCACAGAUGAGGUGACACCUUGUGAUUCAAAACAGUAGUAGUAGAGAAUGAGAUGGCUGCUCCAGAUGACUCUUGCGUUUAGUGUACUUGUGGUUGAACAAGAUUUUUAUAUAUGAAGCUUGAUUCUACAACCAAAAUACUAGAAGGGGGGGGGGGAGAAUCAUGUCUGCUUAUGCUUUUUAAAAGCUUAUAGUUUAAGUAAAAGUAGAUUGUAAAAACUGAUUAGCCCUAUAUAUGUCUGGCAAUGAGCUCUGCAUGAGGAAAUGGAAGGAAGAAUAUUAAAAAUGAUUCUAGGAAGGUACGUGUGAAAAAGGAAAAUGGGUUUUCCUUUUCUGAUCAUGGGCUCUGGAAAUUAUUCAUUGCCUUUACCAGCAUUCAGUAUAAACCAGAGAUUAAGGAUCUAUGUACCUGCGUGUGUCUGUGAGUGUGUGUGUAUGUCUGAGUGUCAUUCUAAACAGCUUGUAAAUAUUGUAGUUGUUUAAAAUGGAAAAAUAAAGGCUGAGGUGUUUUUUGGCAAAUAUAUUGCAUCAAAAAUACAGUAUUGACAGUGGAUAAAACACUAAGAAAUAAAUUUUUUUCAUUUUGC